AUGGGGGCUUCCACCCUUGCCUCAGCCCUUCCCUUAUAUGAGUGGGUCGAUCUGAUCUGUGCCACCGAAACGACACAGGACCAGAAAAAUUGGGAUUGGUCCUCUACCGAAAGGGACACCAAGACCCCGCUUUGCGAUAGGCUAUUGUCCAGGGGAGUGUUACCUGCCAGAGAUGCAAAGCGAUGGGCAAAUGCUUCGGAGAUUGAAAUUGCACCACCAUGCAAGAGUUGUCCAAGGCGUAGGCUCCAUGCUGCAAUAGGAACUCUCGGCCAGUCGAUGUCUUGCAGGGAAGAUGAUCCGGCCACGCCCAUUUCCGGGACUGACCAGCAGCAAGAUGUCAGUCUAAGCGCAAUUGCUGAGACAUCGAAAACCCCGAGGGCCAUCAUCGUCGGGUGGCUACAACACAAGAGACACUCUCCUGCACUGGAGAAAACACAGGGCAAGGUGUCCAAAGAGCUCGCAAAGACACAUAGGCUUGGUGAUCUCCCUGCGGCCGGAACUCGUCAGGAUCUCCUCCUACAGCUUGAACAUUUCAGAAACAUCCUAGUGUCAUGUUCUACAACGCUCGCCGCAUGCUCGUCUGAAAUUCUCGACAUGACGAAGCACGCAGCGGCUCGGGACAGAGCAGGUGCUGGUCCCUGUGACAUUGCUUGA